GGGCCGAGUGGAGCGGAACCGGCGAGGUGAAGCCCCCGGGCCGGCAGCCGGAGCGCUUGGCGGGGGCGCCGGCUCCAUGGGCAGCUGCGCACAGCGGCAUGAUGAUGGACGUUAACAGCAGCGGCCGCCCGGACCUCUACGGGCAUCUCCGUUCUAUCCUCUUGCCGGAGGUGGGGCGCGGGCUUCCCGACUUGAGCUCCGACGGCGCCGGCCCUGUCGCGGGCUCCUGGGCGCCGCACCUGCUGCACGGGGUCCCUGAGGUGACGGCCAGCCCCGUGCCCACCUGGGACGCGCCCCGGGACAAUGCCUCGGGCUGCGGGGAGCAGAUCAACUACGGCAGAGCCGAGAAAGUUGUGAUCGGCUCCAUCCUGACGCUCAUCACGCUGCUGACGAUCGCCGGCAACUGCCUGGUGGUGAUUUCGGUCUGCUUCGUCAAGAAGCUCCGUCAGCCCUCCAACUACCUGAUCGUGUCCCUGGCGCUGGCCGACCUCUCGGUGGCCGUGGCGGUCAUGCCCUUCGUCAGCGUCACUGACCUUAUUGGGGGCAAGUGGAUCUUUGGCCACUUCUUCUGCAACGUCUUUAUCGCCAUGGACGUCAUGUGCUGCACGGCCUCGAUCAUGACCCUGUGCGUGAUCAGUAUCGACAGGUACCUUGGGAUCACGAGGCCGCUGACGUACCCCGUCAGGCAGAAUGGCAAGUGCAUGGCUAAGAUGAUCCUCUCUGUCUGGCUUCUCUCCGCCUCCAUCACUUUGCCGCCGCUCUUCGGCUGGGCGCAGAACGUAAAUGACGACAAGGUGUGCUUGAUCAGCCAGGAUUUUGGCUACACGAUCUACUCCACGGCAGUGGCGUUCUACAUCCCCAUGUCCGUCAUGCUUUUCAUGUACUACCAGAUUUACAAGGCCGCCAGGAAGAGCGCCGCCAAACACAAGUUCCCAGGCUUCCCUCGCCCGGAGGAGCCCGACAGCGUCAUUUCACUGAAUGGCAUGGUGAAGCUCCAGAAGGAGGUGGAGGAGUGUGCGAACCUUUCGAGACUCCUCAAACACGAGAGGAAAAACAUCUCCAUCUUUAAGAGGGAACAGAAAGCAGCCACCACCUUGGGGAUCAUUGUCGGGGCCUUCACCGUGUGCUGGCUGCCGUUUUUCCUCCUCUCGACGGCCAGACCCUUCAUCUGUGGCACUGCGUGCAGCUGCAUCCCGCUGUGGGUGGAGAGGACAUUUCUGUGGCUGGGCUAUGCAAACUCUCUCAUUAACCCCUUUAUAUAUGCCUUCUUCAACCGGGACCUGAGGACCACCUACCGCAGCCUGCUCCAGUGCCAGUACCGGAAUAUCAACCGGAAGCUCUCGGCUGCAGGCAUGCACGAGGCCCUGAAGCUUGCUGAGAGGCCCGAGAGACCUGAGCUUGUGCUGUAAGACAAAAGUCUGACUACUGUAGGAAAAAAAGUCAUGAUUCAUGAUCAAAAGUGGAAUAAUGGAGAUGAAAUAAACAAGGCAAGACCGAGGUGGAAACAGAAUGAAACCAUUUGCUGAGACUGCAGAAUGGACUGCGGCUUCUGUCCUUUUUUGGGAUAGCUGAAACGUGACCAGCAAAGUCUAUCUGCUGUACAGUCUGUUGUGAGGGAGAUGGUGGCCUCUCCUUUAUUUCCCCAUGGAUCAGUGCUAUUGGGCACACAUGAAAAUAGUUCUCAGUCUAAAACGUAGCCCUAUCAGCUGGGUGGUAAGCAGACACGCAGAACUGGGUUCCAGAGAGGAAACAGUUUCUGGUGCUUUGCUUCUGUCCAAGUCUGUGCAAGUGAAGAAAGUCCCCAUGCACACGCCCCAUGCUUCCGAGUCCAGGCCUUGUGGGGAAUAAUCAGGAACCACUCCUGAGACAGGUGAAUUUUGUUGCUGGACGGAAGGGUGUUUUCCCCAGCAAACUGCAGUGAGCAUCGUGAUGAAUACAUUGCAUGUCCACGUUAGAAAACAGAACCCCAUCAUCUGCUAACACCAAUGAUCUCCCAGAGCAGUGUCUGUUCAAAGCUUCUGUCCAACAGUUUGGCUCUUUGGCAGGGUCUCUGAGACACGCCCACCAACGUACUUUCUGUUACCUCCCUUCUUGUUACGAUAUUAACUCAGGAAUGGAUCUCAGGAUGGAGAGAGUCAUAGAAACCUGAAUGAAAGCUUUUCCUCGCACUCCCUCUUCUUCUGGGGGAUCCUGGGAGGGGAGGGCAAUUCCUCCUGUGAGGCAUUCUCCCUGGAUGAAGAACGAGGGCUACCUCAGCGCACUGUACAUGCACGUGAUUGUUGGCGCAGGACAUUUGACUGUUGUUUACAGCCCAUUGUAGUGGGGUCAUGGGCUGGUCCCUCACUGCGAGUUUUGGGGGAAGAAGUAUGGAAAUGAUGGGGAUUCCGUGAAAGGCUGUGAUGCUCCUAGAGAUGGGACAUUCACACGUUGAUUCUCGUUGAGCAGCACUGCAUUAACCUGAGUUGUGUGCAUCAGAGGUCCCUGGGCCAGUGUUGGGAAUGCUCCAGAACACCAUCCUAUUCCUUCAAGAGGGUUUGUUUUUGUGUAUUCUGUAUCUUCAGUCAAAUGUGUGCCUGGACACUUCUGUUCUUCUCCCUCCCCCCUCCCCAAAGUGGUAAACAUUAAGGGCUGGUAAGGACACAGAAAAAGGUCCCUUUGUAGAUAGUAUUUUUUUUUUUUUAAAGGAUGCUAUGUGAUAUGUUUGAGCUAAGGAGACAGAAAGAGAGUAGCUCAGAGAAGAGGACCUCUAAGGGGAGAGAAUGAAUGCAAACCUUCGUUUGAUACAAGAGGACUGAAAGAGAAUAUUAUUUUCCUACAAAAUAUGUAACUGUUCUCUCACAGGAUAAUGUGGAAUUCCAACAUGGAUUAUGGAUUUCUUCCACCUUUCACUGACAUUGCUUCCACAGGGAAGGGUCUGCCUUUCUGAGCGGAGGGGUGGGCCCUAUCCUUUCCGACAAAGCUUGUACAAAUUCCCGAACCGCAGAUUUGCUAAAGUGACUGUAUAUACUUAUAUUCAUAAUUUAAAUGAUUAAUUCUGGUCAGAUAAAUGUUGUUAAAUUGGAAAAUGUUUUAUUACAUUACAUCAAAUAAAGUUUAUUUGUAGCUGUAAUAAAGCAACUUAAGUAAUGAUUUUUAA